CUGCACUAUGACUGGUUUAGUAAAUCAAACCUGCUGCAGUGAAGUGCAAUCCCAGACUUUCUAGCAGAUAACAAUAUAUUGUUGGACAGCACCUCCCAUUACCCUCAGCCAUACCAUGCAUUGUUUAAGACGUCUAUCACUCACAGAGUUCAAGGGACGCAAGCUGGUGAAGCUUCUCCAGGGAGAUAUAUGUGAUGAGGACUUUCUCCAGCAAUGCUGCCAGUCUGUGGACGUGGUGAUACAUAGCGCAGCCAUCAUCGACCCAAUGGGAAAAAUCAGCACCGAGACACUGAUAGCGAUCAACGUCACCGGUAAGAAAUACAGAACUGGAUCUUUUAUCAUCUUAUCCCACCUCAUUCCUGCCUGCCAAAAAUAUACCAUAAAUAUAAGGAGUUAUUCACUAAAGGGACAACUGCCAGGAUUAAAAAGUGAAUUUAAACAGUUAGGCUAAAAUAGCUGAUUUUGAAAAAUUCCCCAAGUCAGUUCUGUGCUCAGUUGGACUAUUCUGGCCUUACAUUUGAAAUUUGCUCUGAAGUCUUUAGGAAUUCCCAGCAAUUCUCAGAUUUGUGAAUAAUCUAGUUAAUACUAUAGGACUGAUAUCCUGCAAAGUUUACUAAUUAGUGAUCAAUUCUCCAAUAACUUGAGAAAACGACAGAUUGUAAGAAUCUUUCUGCUCACAUUAAAUUGUUCACAGUUAGUUACUGCACUACAUAACGUGUUGGCGCUAUAUAAAUAACAUUAAUAAAGACAGAAUGAAAUUUGCAGAUAAAACCCUGAAACAAAUUAUGUAAAUGGAGUUAGGACAGCCCUGCUUGAAGACAGGUGAUUUGCCAAUAAUAGCUCAAUACCCGCUCUACUCCUAAUUCAUUUUACUAAUAUUAUUAUUAUUAUUAUUAUUAUUAUUAUUAUUAUUAUUAUUAUUAGGUUUUAUUACUAAAAAUUCCGCUAGUGAGAAAAUGAUUCUGAAACACUCAACGUUAUGAGGUCAAGCCUUACUGUACCCUUCUAUUAGUUCUGAUCUGAGAGUGAUAGCAGCUAUUUUAACACAAGUAUGCCGUGUACCCCCAGCCCUAACCCUAUACACCCCAAUACAAAACUCUCUCUGAUCUCACCCACUAUGUGCCUGUACCCAAUCUCAGCACAGGGGAGAGCAGUUUACAUGGGUGUGAAUGGCAUAUACACACAGACAUACAAACACAUAUACAUAAUUAAAGACAUACACACACAAUCACAGACCCACAAAUGCACCCAUACAAUCACAGACUUAUACACACACACAAAUCAGAUAUAUACACACACAUACAUACACAAACAGAAUCACUGACCCACACAAAUACAAUCACAGACACACAACCACAUACACACAUAAUUACUGGCUAACACACACAAAAAUCUAUUUCAUACACACACAUUUAGUAAUUAAGAGGUCCACCCAGCCUCCCUACCUUGCUCUGGGAGGUCAGGAGUGAAUCCUCUCCCUGGUGGCCAGUGGAUGAUGCCGUGAUGGGAACGCUGUGGUUUUCCUGCACAGGACCCUUGCACGUACAGUAGUGAUACCGAUGCCAAGAUUACGUCAUAUCCCAGCUGCUGGUUCAUUUGAGCGUGCGAGGGAGCUGUGCAGAAAGAGCACAGUAGGUUAUGGGCUCCAUACCUACCUCACCGUCCAGGACGGUAACUGGCCCACAUUACAAGCAGUUCAGGGCAGCAGGUUGAACACGGCUGAUCUAGUAUGUCAGAAUAUAAUGUCCCCCACCCAGCGUUUUGGAGAAUUCUCAUAUUUUUAUUUGCCUGUUGAAGUGAUGGAUCAUAUUUGAAUCUUCAUAUCACAUGUAGAUUACAUUUCUUAAUUAUUGUCCUCUUUUUUUUUUUUUACACUGUUUUAUAUUUAUUAUAAUUUUAUAAAUUAUUUCACAUAUGUGUUAUAUAUAUUUUGUAACAAUGUUACUUAUUUUUUGACCAAGGAACAGAGAAUCUCCUUGAGGCCUGUGUGCAGAAUGAUGUGCGUUACUUUAUCUUCACAAGCAGUGUGGAGGUCGUAGGACCCAACACUAGCGGGGAUCCAAUUGUUAACGGCCAUGAGGACCUUGUGUACGUGGGCAAGCUUCGAUCCCCCUAUGGGCAAAGUAAGAGACUGGCAGAGGAGAGGGUGCUGAAGGCCAAUGGUCGGGCACUGAAAUCUGGUGGUAUACUCAUCACUUGUUCCUUAAGGCCCAUGUACAUCUACGGUGAGGGGUCCCAGUUCCUGGAGAUGCACCUUGUCCAAGCAAUAAGUAAUGGUAAUGUCUUCCACAGACUAUCCAGAAAGGAAGCAUUGGUGAACCCUGUCUACGUGGGCAAUGUUGCUUGGGCUCACGUACAGGCUGCCAGGGCAAUGAAGGAUCCAGACAAAGCCAAGAAGAUAGCAGGGAACUUCUAUUACAUUUCAGAUGACACUCCACAUAUUAGCUACUCCGAUAUCAACCACGAGUUGGGCAAGGAGCUGGGGCUAGGAGUAGAACCAAGGCUGACUCUUCCUUUCAAUCUGUUGUACUACGCAGCUUUCCUGCUGGAGGUCUUACGUUUCCUGCUGAAGCCUUUUGUGAGAUAUGUGCCACCAUUCACCCGCCACCUAGUACUUCUCCUCAACACAUCCUUUACUUUCUCCUAUAAGAAGGCCCAGAGAGAUAUGGGCUACAAGCCGCACUACAGCUGGGAAGAGUCCAAGCAACUGACCACCACAUGGAUGGCAUCUGUGAUGGCAAACCAGAAGGAGCAACUGAGAAAGAGCAAGAGCAAUUAGUACAGAGACAGGCAACAUAAAUCAAUGACUAAACCAUCUUAAAAGACACCUACAGGGUCGGUGACAGAAGACAGAUUCUGAUCACUGCCAACCUGGACUCAUUCAACCGAGCCGCAUUCUUAUCUUUUAAACAAGUUUUGUUCCAGAUCUUUAGAGUGACUUGGACAUAAUGAGCAUAAAAAGUAGACACCAUCGGAGUUAUUCACUAACAUGAAAAUUGUGGGCAAUUCAGAGUGAAUUUCAAAGGCCAAAAUAGCUGAAUUGGAACAUUUCUCUAGGUCAGCUACGCUUCUCGUUCAUCUAUAACAGUUUUCUCCUUGAAUUUCCAUCAAUCCUCACUAGUGAAUAAACCUGUAAAUUAUAAAUGGUGUAUUAACCCUCAGAAUGAUGUAAACAACGUCUCUACAAGAUUCUAAAUGACAUCAUAAUUUUCUGUAAUAUCAUUCACAAUGAUGUCAUGAAGGUCCAAUAAGGAUUUAGAGAUAUUCUGUAUUAAAUCAGUUUGUCUAGAAUGCUUCAGAAGAAUGUCCUUAGUUUAUAAUUUCUCUAUGAUUCAGAGUGAUGCCAUCAGUUUCUGUCCCAUGCGUCACAAUUCAGUCAUCGUUUUGUUCUGCCAUAAUACGAAGUGAACGUUUACUGCUCACUGACAUAUAGACCGAAGCCAUCAAGGUAUUAAAUCAGAAACCAUUCACAAGCUUUCAAUGGCUGCUGUUUCCUUAAAUUUACAUUUAUCCCUUCCUGUUUUCACUUAACACAUACUUAUAUUCCCUUAUAUUCAUUCAGACAGAACAUGCGCUGUCUGCACACAGUGAUAGUAUUUACUAACACAGUCUAACAAGAUUAUAGCAUUUAUUAUAGAUACAUAUAGCUCCAGAACGGACACAGACAAUCGGUGUACGCGACUUGAAUGUUAAAGGGACUUUCUGUGCACCAUAACAACUUCAUCAGAAUGAGAGUGGCUGAGAACUUUGUGGUUAACCCAUUCAUUAAUGGGUAUAACCGCUGGAGGUAAUCUGGCGCUCAGAAUCUCCUCGCACUGUGACACUUUGUCCUAAAAUGAGACUCAGCGCUCAGCUCCGGACAUUGAGUUAAUAUCACUAACUCCGCCUCUUAGAUCAGUAAAUUACAGAGUUAAUGCUUCCUCACAAGAUUCCCCACAGGAAACUUUACCUGACUACUUACCACCAUUACUUACCAUAAGCAGAGAUUUAUCAAUUGUUUUCUUCAUUAAAUAAUAUACUCAGUGUAUCAAGCCCUG